AUGCCCGACAUGCCGGCUGUCUUCCACCUGUCGGCCUCUCCGCCCAAACUCGAUCUCGCCAGCGCCAACUCGCAGUUCUUUCAAGUCCCUUCCACAGCCUCCGCCUCCUCGUCGCUCUACUCGCUAUCUGUCAGUCGCAAGCGACCGCGUCGCAAUACUGGAAAACUAUCUUCCCAUUUCGAGGCCUCGUCGGAAAACGCCUCCGCCUCUCCGCUGCUCCUGGCCGAUUACCGCAAAACAAGCGGUCACGACGACUUCCACCCACCCGCCGAGUUCGACUACCGUCCCAACCGAUACCGCGAGUCGUUUCUCCCGCCUUCGCUCGACAACAGUGUCGAGGCAAUAGACCCAGACUUGUACGGAACCAGUCGCAAACGUAGUCGACGCGACUCGAUCCUCGCCUCUCCGUCCGCCGACGAUGCCAGUCCCAACUCAAGGCCCGUCGGCUGGGGACGAACCGUGAUGAAUGCCGUAGGAAAAGUCCUCGAUCUCUGCUGGUCCGGGGCUUUCCGGGGCUUCUACGCAGGUGGAGGGCAGGGCUACGACAUGCCCGCCGGGUCACCAGCCCCCUUCAAUCCCAGCUGGGAGGCUGGGCCGAGUGGAGUGGAAAAGGACCGAAUUUUCCAAUCCCCCAUCCCCGGCCAAUUCCCGGAGGAAGAUCUCGAUCGGAACUGGGUCGUUAUACCGACCGACCCAGCCGACCCCUUUGUGGGCGAUAGUAGCAGCAGUCCAUCCGCGCGAGCCCGUCGCAUUCACCAGGCAUCGAGCCCCCGCCGUCGACCAGCUGUCAUGCCCCGGUUGGGCAAGAGACCGAGUACCGGUCCCUCUAUGCGGCCCUCGACUCCAACGAGGAUUCAGCCCCUUCCCUCGCCCCGGUCGAGAGAGGGACCCGGGUCGGCGGAAAUGCAACGAUAUGCGGCGCAGAUGCGCCGCAAGGAACGCGAAGAAGAUGCCAGUAUCAAGCGAUUGAACCGGCAACUUCAAGCUAUGAUUAAAGAGGGCAAAGAGGCACUGGGAACGACAGUGGAGGUGGACGAUUUGGACAUGGACUUUGACUGA